UCUGGGUGUGAGUGGGAUCGUCUCUGAAUUGCUUGCCGUUCUCGUUUUUGCCGGGGACCCCGAGUUGGCGCUGGUGACCGGGUCGAAGCGCCGGUUGGAACUUUCGUCGCUGUUGUGGUGCCUGCUGACGGGUCUGAGUUUGAGUGUGAGUGUGUGUGUGUGUGUGUGUGAGUGUGUGUGUGUGUGUGUGUGUGUGUGCAUGUGCGUGUGCGUGUGUGUGUGCCCGGGAGUGGUGCGAGGGCUGGGGACUUUGGCGGGUGUGUCUGCGGCUGUGUCGCUUUGAAAUGAGAAAGGACUUCGUGCGUCCUCUUGACCGGACUGGUUUGCGCCCAGAUGGGGGAACCCCGGACCGGGGCCCCCCUGGACGAGGGCAGCGGCUGGACAGGAAGUGAGGAAGGAAGUGAGGAGGGCACCGGUGGCAGCGAGGGGGCUGGGGGAGACGGGAGCCCAGACGCAGAGGGUGUCUGGAGCCCCGACAUCGAGCAGAGCUUCCAGGAGGCCCUGGCCAUCUACCCGCCCUGCGGCCGGCGGAAGAUCAUCUUAUCUGAUGAAGGCAAGAUGUACGGUCGGAAUGAAUUGAUUGCCCGCUACAUCAAGCUGAGAACGGGGAAGACCCGCACUCGCAAACAGGUCUCUAGUCAUAUCCAGGUCUUGGCCCGAAGGAAAUCGAGGGAAAUCCAGUCCAAGCUCAAGGCCCUGAAUGUGGACCAGGUUUCCAAGGACAAGGCUUUCCAGACAAUGGCCACCAUGUCCUCCGCCCAGCUCAUCUCAGCACCUUCCCUGCAGGCCAAACUGGGUCCCACGGGUCCGCAGGCCUCCGAGCUUUUCCAGUUUUGGUCAGGGGGCUCCGGGACCCCCUGGAAUGUUCCAGACGUGAAGCCAUUCUCGCAGACACCAUUCUCCUUGUCACUGACUCUCCCAUCUACUGAACUCCCAGGGUAUGAACCCCCCCAAGCCCUCUCACCUCCUGCCGUGCCCCCACCUGCCCCGUCACCCCCAGCCUGGCAGGCUCGGGCCCUGGGCACUGCCCGGUUGCAGCUGGUGGAAUUUUCAGCCUUUGUGGAACCCCCUGAUGCAGUUGACUCUUACCAGAGGCACCUGUUCGUGCACAUCAGCCAGCACUGCCCCAGCCCUGGCGCGCCCCCGCUUGAGAGCGUGGACGUCCGGCAGAUCUAUGACAAAUUCCCUGAGAAAAAGGGCGGUCUGCGGGAGCUGUAUGACCGCGGGCCGCCCCACGCCUUCUUCCUGGUCAAGUUCUGGGCGGACCUGAACUGGGGCCCUAGUGGCGAGGAGGUGGGGGCCGGUGGCAGCAGUGGUGGCUUCUAUGGCGUGAGCAGCCAGUACGAGAGCCUGGAGCACAUGACCCUCACCUGUUCCUCCAAGGUCUGCUCCUUCGGCAAGCAGGUGGUGGAGAAGGUGGAGGUGAGGCCGGAGGGGUGGAGCUCCGCGCAGACGGAGCGUGCCCAGCUCGAGGACGGCAGGUUCGUGUACCGCCUGCUGCGCUCGCCCAUGUGCGAGUACCUGGUGAAUUUCUUGCACAAGUUGCGGCAGCUGCCUGAGCGCUAUAUGAUGAAUAGCGUCCUGGAGAACUUCACCAUCCUUCAGGUGGUGACCAACAGAGACACCCAGGAGCUGCUGCUGUGCACCGCCUACGUCUUUGAGGUCUCCACUAGCGAGCGGGGAGCCCAGCACCAUAUUUACCGCUUGGUCAGGGACUGAAAGGGGACCCCAAAAGUGGCUCACCCCAGAAUGCCCUCCUCCCAGGAAGGACCUCCGGCUUUCCUCAUGCUUAUCUGGGGAGGGAGCUGCUCCCUGUUAGAAGGGGACCAUAAAAGCUGGGUGGUGAGCCUCACGGCCAAGGACUGAGAGGGAAGGAUGGACCCUGAUAUUGGGACCUCACAAGGUUGUCUGAAAGGACAGAUCACUCCAGGGCGUCAGGGACUGGCUUCUCAGUCUCUAACAGGGGCCCUCCCCCUACUGUCGUGGGUGUUUUAGAGAGCCCUAGUUACACAUCAGCUUGUCCCUCUCUGUUGUUCAGCCCUUCCUUUCCCAGUCUGCCUCUCCUGACCUCCUCCGCCUUGUGACCCUGAUAGCGAAUAUUGAAGGUUAACCCUUUCAGUGCAGGAGCAGAGCCAAGGGGGCCUUGGAAAAAAAAAUUUUUUUUUUUUAAAUAUAACAAGAGAUAUUUAUAAGUGGGUGUUAGGGUCAUGACUUUUUCUCAGCUGGGCAAGCAGUGGGGUAAGGCUUUUCAUCCCCUCUUCUACAUGAGCUAGACUGUGUGCCCCCCACCCCCACUCCAAGUGUGUUGGUUUGCGUUUUGACAGAGGAUAAAGCUAUUUUACCAAAA